AUGUUUGUAAAACCACUUCAUGUUGUUUUUCUGUUACUUGUUGUAGUUGUUUUGCUUUUUCUGGUGUUUUUUAUUCGUAGUGUGUUUCUUCCCAUGCCAACACUUUUCAAACAACUGACUUCUCCAUUUGACGAUCAUCAAGACGUUUUCUAUAUAGAAAAUCGCGACAACCAUUUACAAAAAGAAUUAAAAUACGUCCAAACGAUUUAUGGUAAUAAUUUCAGCGUUGAUAUAAAUUAUCCAAAAACGUAUCGAAUUUUUGAAUACACCCAUUCUGAUUUUGAUUUUAAUCAACCACUACACAAAUCAAAAACAGAGUAUCCACAAAAAAUGUUAUUGACAAUGAUUCAUACAUCUUCAACAAGAAUUACAGACAUGGAAAACACGCGAAAUACGUGGUGUCAGUCAAGAUAUCAAAAGGAAUUUGGAUUUAAAUGCGUCUUUUUAAUUGUAAGAAAAUCAGUUGAACAAAAUGGCAAAAAAGACUUUUUAGAAAGAAUGAAUGCGACAACCAAAGAUAUUUAUUUUAUCAACAUGCCACUUCUCGAAGAGAAAAAUGAAACACGUCAUCAACAAGACAUCGCGUCAUUUGUCACCAUUUUUGAUACAUUCAAAGAUUACAAAUUCUAUGCAAAAGUCAAUGAUAAUGUAAUGAUUAACGUUGAAAUGUUGAUGGACGUCUUAAUAUCACUUCCAGAAGAGGAAACGGUUGUUGGGGAGUUUAACAACAACAAACCAAAUGGCGAUAUAACAAGUAAGUGUUACGAUUUACUCGCACAACGAUAUGCAAGGUAUUUUAUAUACCCUUCGGGGUAUUUGGCAAUAUACUCAAGAAGUUUGUCCAAGUUUUUUGCUGAAUGGAAAAAUUAUUAUUGUAUGCCACCAACCUCCAGUGCAGAUCCAGCACUCGGAUUUUUGAUGUAUAAAUACGCUAAAAAUCACAACAAAAAGAUUCAUCUUAUUUCACCAGAAUUGUGGAAAAACGAAGGAAAUGAAACGACAUGCAACGCCAUUGUGUUUAACAAAUACACAAAGAAUAUCACACAAGUUGAUAAGUUUACUCAAUGUGUGAAGGAUGGGCACUUUGUUAAUAAAAAUGCUUCAAGAUUUUAUACAUGUAAUUCAAGUACAAAUUAA